UUAGUGCAGUGUCACGGCAUGAAGCAUGUUAAAAAAAGGGUAGUUGCAACAAAGAGGAAAAUUUUAGGGACAUCCACUUCUUAAAAGUUAAACUACUUUUUUGAGUGAUAAAGUGUACUCUGAAGGUGUUUUGGACUCAUUUGUUGCUAUUGUAAAGUCCAAUGUCAUCCACUCUACGAACCCUGAUGGCAGGAAACCAGAUAACGUCCUUUAUUUUCAUCAGCUCUGUGUUGGUACAAACUCACUCAGCUGAUAAAGACUACUUUGCUGUGAUGCCUCAGACAGUAACAGCUCUGACAGGCUCUUGUGUGCAGAUUCCUUGCACAUUCGACAUCUCUGAUUUUGAGGACAAACUUAACAAGGCAGAAUCUAUUUAUGGGAUCUGGCUAAAAACCACAUCAAGGAUUGGAGACAAAGACAGUUUUAUAGCGUUUAACAGCAGUGAAAACAUCAUUAGAGGAUUCAGUGACAUACAGAUGACUGGAAAUCUCAGAGAGAGGAACUGCACAACUGUCUUCUAUAACAUCAUGAAGAAUCAUUCAGGCCUCUAUUACUUCAGACUGGAAAUGGAGCCAGUUUUCAGAGUAACAUUUAACCCCAGUACAGAUGUUACAAAAAAGACUGUGAGGAUCAAUGUCAGAGAUUCACCACACCCUCCUGAACUUAAACCCAGUGAUCUGACAGUGAUGGAGGAAACUACAGUCAAUCUGAGCUGCUCUGCUGAAGCCCCUUGCCCAAAACAACCUCCUACAAUAUCCUGGUCUAACAUCCCUGAAUCGGCUCACAUUACAACACAGUUACAGGAGAAACCUGAUAAAACUCAGUCAGUGGUUUCAAAGCUUACAUUCAAAGUUUCAUACAAAGAUCACAGAAGGAACAUCACCUGCACUGCUACAUAUCCAAGAAAUACACCUGAUGCCUCAACUGUGGAGACUAUAGUGAUGCUACGAGUCCUGUUUCCUCCAAAAGAAACUCACAUCAUCAUUACUCCAUCUGUUGGCACUAAUGUGACUUUGACCUGCAAAAGCAGCGCCAGUCCAUCAAAUGACUUGAACUACAUCUGGUAUAAACAUGGAGAGGAGACGCCUAUAGCUUGGGGAGCGAAAAUUAAUUUAACCCAAACUCAAACAGGAUCAUACCUUUGCAUUGUACAAAAUAAAUAUGGAAAACAGUCAUCAGAAGAGGUCCAGCUGACAGGACAAGAUGGACCAUCUAUGCAUAUGAUUUCUGCUUGCGUGGGAGGAUUGCUCACACUCUUUGCUAUUGGUGUUUGUACCAGUCUUAUUAGGACAAAACAUUUAAAUAAACCCAGUGAGAAUGGGAAGGAUCCUUCUGGUUGGUUUAAUAACACAGACGUUGAUUAUGUCAACAUUGCCAGAGUGAUGAACAAUGAACGGAUUAUUUCCGAUGAUGAAACACUCAUUGUGUUUUAUGAAGAGACUGACAUCUCAAAGCAGCAGAACUACUGCCCCACUCAAACACUCUUCAAACAUGACGAAUACACAGAAAUACACUAUACUCAGCUGUGUUAGUAUUCAUGUGCUAAAAUAUACAAUCGGUGUAAAAAAUAUGCAUAUCCCUGUUAACAUAAAAAUUUUUAGAUGUAAAAAAUGAAUCCAAACAAAACAAUAUUAGAACUUUUUAAUCUUUAACCCAUUUGUACCCAGACUUUUCUAAAUGGUUUCAUGCAUAUACAGUAGUCAUGUUAAUAGUGUCCUAUGUGAACAUGUUCUGCAUUUAUUUUCCCUAGGUUUUAGUAUAUUUUCUUGAAAAUUGUAUUAAAAUAUGCAGCAACUAUAGUUGCCGGUGGACAAAUAUGUUGUAUUCACCCCUUCAAUGUCAAAAUUGAAUAAGAGGAAAGCAUUUGGCAUCUAACUCAAAAUAACUGUUUUCAACAGAUCAGUCUUUAUUCAUAAACAAAGUCGAACAACAUUCAAUGUAACCCCCCAAAAAAUUGCAUCUAGCUUAUAAUCUCUUGAAUGCGAAAACACAACAAAUCAGUUUGUCUUAAAAUGGAGGAACAUAGUUCAAAACACAGAGCAGCCAUUAAGGUGACCCAGCACGGUAUUGUGUAUCAAUAAGUUAAUAAAAAAAUUAAUAAUUAAAAUUAAUAAAAAUAAAAUUACGCAUUCAACUGUUUGGCUCCCAACAUUCUGCAAAAUAUCUUCAUUUGUGCUCAACAGAAGAAAGAAACAAGUUUGCAACUUGAAGAUGACACAAUGAUGGCACAAUUUCCAGUUUUGGGUGAACUUUCCCUUAUGUAAGCAGUUUUCGUAAUGUAGCCUACAAGGAGUAAUGCAGUGAAGGUACACAUAGUUUUAUAAAUUCAAAUAAAACUUAUUUGCUUACUAUACUUUGUGAUGUAAAUAUGUAAAAUAUCACAUUAGGUUAAUUGGAUUAA